CUUCUUCCCGUGGCUGGCUGCCACGUCCCUAGCCACCAGCUGUGCUAUAUAAGGCCUGCGGCUGGACUGCUGGAGAGGUGCAGAAGACUUGGACCCCAAGCUAAGAGCCUUGUUCAGGACACGAAAGGAGACGUUUUCUUCCUGUUCCUUCCACACCGAACUUGAUAAUUGAAGAUCAUUGGCUCUAUGAAACAUCCCUGGGGAACCACAGGCCCAACUUUGUGAAGCAGUAUCACCUAUCUGUGACAUUUCUACGUGGCCUUGAGGGAAAGAUGGCAGCAAUCAAGACCUGGGUACUCUCUUUCCUGGUCCUGGAGUUCACCACUGUGCUCGGGAGACAGAUGCUUUCCCAGUCAGUGAGAAGAGUCCAGCCUGCGAAGAGGACCUCUAACACCUUUGCCAAGCCUGCUGACUCCCUGGAGAGUCCUGGUGAGUGGACAACUUGGUUUAACAUCGACCACCCAGGUGGGCAGGGUGACUAUGAGCGAUUGGAUGCUAUUCGCUUCUACUAUGGGGAGCGUGUGUGUGCCCGUCCCCUGCGGCUAGAGGCCCGGACCACUGACUGGAUGCCUGCGGGCAGCACUGGCCAGGUGGUCCAUGGCAGUCCCCGUGAGGGCUUCUGGUGCCUCAACAGGGAACAGAGACCAGGCCAGAACUGCUCCAAUUAUACAGUGCGCUUCCUCUGCCCACCAGGGUCCUUGCGACGAGAUACAGAGCACAUCUGGAGUCCUUGGUCUCCCUGGAGCAAGUGCUCAGCUGCCUGUGGUCACACCGGGGUCCAGACCCGUACCCGCACGUGCUUGGCACAGACAGUGUCACUGUGCAGUGAGGCCACCGAGGAGGGCCAGCUCUGUGUGAGCCAGGCCUGCACAGCCUGUGACCUGACCUGCCCCAUGGGCCAGGUGAAUGCUGACUGUGAUGCCUGCAUGUGCCAGGACUUCAUGCUUCAUGGGGCCAUCUCCCUCCCUGGAGGUGCCCCAGCUCCGGGGGCCACUGUCUACCUGCUGGCCAAGGCACCAAAGAUGCUAACCCAGACAGACAGUAGAGGGAGGUUCCGAGUUCCCGGCUUGUGUCCUGAUGGCAAGAGCAUCCUGAAAAUCACCAAGACCAAGUUUGCUCCGAUUGUGCUCACAAUGCCCAAGACUAGCCUGAAGUCAGCCACCGUCAACGCAGAGUUUGUGAGGGCAGAGACUCCAUACAUUGUAAUGAACCCGGAGACGAAAGCGCGGCGGGCCGGGCAGAGUGUGGCCUUGUGCUGCAAGGCCACAGGGAAACCCAGUCCAGACCAGUACUUCUGGUACCACAACAACACAUUGCUGGAUCCCUCCCUCUACAAGCAUGAGAGCAAGCUGGUGCUGAGGAACCUGCAGCAGGACCAGGCAGGGGAGUACUUCUGUAAGGCACAGAGUGAUGCUGGGGCUGUGAAGUCCAAGGUUGCCCAGCUGACUGUCAUCGCACAUGACGAGAGUCCUUGCAACCCAAUCCCUGAGAGCUAUCUUAUCCGGCUGCCCCACGACUGCUUCCAGAAUGCCACCAACUCCUUCUACUAUGAUGUAGGCCGCUGCCCGAUCAAGACCUGUGCAGGGCAGCAAGACAACGGGAUCCGGUGCCGGGAUGCUGUGGAGAACUGUUGUGGCAUCUCCAGAACAGAAGAGAGGGAGAUCCAGUGCAGUGGGUACACACUACCCACCAAGGUGGCCAUGGAGUGCAGCUGCCAGCGAUGUGCAGAGACACGGAGCAUCGUGAGGGGCCGAGUCAGUGCGGCUGACAACGGGGAGCCCAUGCGCUUUGGCCAUGUGUACAUGGGGAAUAACCGUGUGAGCAUGACUGGCUACAAGGGCACAUUCACCCUCCACAUCCCCCAGGAUACGGAGAGGCUGGUGCUCACCUUUGUUGACAGGCUGCAGAAGUUUGUCAAUACUACCAAAGUGCUGCCCUUCAACAGAAAGGGGAGUGCAGUGUUCCAUGAGAUCAAGAUGCUUCGGCAGAAAGAGCCCAUCACACUGGAAGCCAUGGAAACCAACAUUAUCCCCCUGGGAGAGGUGGCUGGUGAAGACCCUGUGGCUGAACUGGAGAUUCCAUCCAAAAGUUUCUAUAGGCAGAAUGGGGAGCCCUUCACAGGAAAGGUGAAGGCCAGUGUGACCUUCUUGGAUCCUCGGAAUAUUUCCACGGCCACAGCUGCCCAGAGUGACCUGAACUUCAUCAAUGAUGAAGGAGACACCUUUCCCCUUCGAACAUACGGUAUGUUCUCAGUGGACUUCAGAGACGAGGCCACUUCUGAGUCACUCAAUGCUGGCAAGGUGAAGGUCCACCUUGACUCGACCCAGGUCAAGAUGCCAGAGCAUGUGCCAGCCAUGAAACUCUGGUCACUCAACCCAGACACAGGACUGUGGGAAGAGGAAGGCGAUUUCAAAUUUGAAAGCCAGAGGAGGAACAAGAGGGAAGAGAGAACCUUCCUAGUGGGCAACAUGGAGAUCCGAGAGAGAAGGCUCUUUAACCUGGACGUCCCUGAAAGCCGAAGGUGCUUCAUCAAGGUGAGAACUUACCGGAGUGAGAGGUUCUUGCCCAGUGAGCAAAUCCAGGGGGUUGUAGUCUCGGUGAUCAAUCUGGAGCCCAGAACUGGCUUCUCAUCUAACCCCAGGGCCUGGGGCCGAUUUGACAGUGUCAUCACAGGCCCCAAUGGGGCUUGCCUGCCUGCCUUCUGUGAUGACCAGUCCCCUGACGCUUACUCCGUCUAUGUCUUGGCAAGCCUUUCUGGAGAAGAACUAGAGGCAGUAGAGUCUUCUCCUAAAUUCAACCCAAAUGCAAUUGGUGUCCCUCAACCCUACCUCAACAAACUUAAAUACCGUCGGACAGACCAUGAGGAUCCACGGGUUAAAAAGACGGCUUUCCAAAUCAGUAUGGCCAAGCCGAGACCUAACUCAGCUGAAGAGAGCAAUGGACCCAUCUACGCCUUUGAGAACCUUCGGGCGUGUGAAGAGGCACCGCCCAGUGCGGCCCACUUCCGGUUCUAUCAGAUUGAAGGGGAUCGCUAUGACUACAACACAGUUCCUUUCAAUGAAGAUGACCCCAUGAGCUGGACUGAAGACUACCUGGCAUGGUGGCCCAAGCCAAUGGAGUUCAGGGCCUGCUACAUCAAGGUAAAGAUUGUGGGGCCCCUGGAGGUGAAUGUACGAUCCCGCAACAUGGGGGGCACCCACCGGCAGACCGUGGGGAAGCUCUAUGGGAUCCGAGAUGUGAAGAGUACUCGGGACAGAGACCAGCCUAAUGUCUCAUCUGCCUGCCUGGAGUUCAAGUGCAGUGGAAUGCUCUAUGACCAAGAUCGUGUAGACCGCACGUUAGUGAAGGUCAUCCCCCAGGGCAGCUGCCAUCGGGCCAGUGUUAACUCUAUGCUGCAUGAGUACCUGGUCAACCACCUUCCGCUAGCAGUCAACAAUGACACCAGUGAGUAUACCAUGCUGGCACCCCUGGACCCCCUGGGCCAUAAUUACGGUAUCUACACGGUCACUGACCAGGACCCUCGCACAGCUAAGGAGAUUGCACUUGGCCGGUGUUUUGAUGGCACUUCCGAUGGCUCCUCCAGAAUCAUGAAGAGCAAUGUGGGAGUUGCCCUGACCUUUAACUGCGCAGAGAGGCAGGUAGGCCGCCAGAGUGCCUUCCAGUACCUCCAAAGCACACCCGCCAGGUCCCCAGCUGCAGGCACUGCCCAAGGAAGAGCACCCUCCAUGAGGCAACAGCGGGCAAGCCGGGGUGGCCUGCGCCGGCGUGAAGGAGUGGUCCCUCUGAGGUUUUCUGGGGUUGCUCAACAACCUCUGAGCAACUAAGUCUGGUGGGUCUUCAGAGUCCUCCCUGUCCACCUCAGGAGACAGCUGUUGUGAGACUUUUGCACGAAUUGUCACUUGUUAAUUUAAACACAUCUGUUUUGGUGCAUCCUGCUUUUC